AUGAACAACCUCGCUUGCAAAUAUGAGAUUUCCAAACAAAAUGAGAUGAUGUUGACAGAUGCCCCCCAGUGGCUGAUGGCACAUCGCCCUGCAGAGAGGGAAUUAUCUGGGAUUGAGGCAGAGAGAGCACACAGAUCAGAGGAAGUGGGAUGGGGAAAGCAACAGAGAGUCGUGGUAGAAAAGGAGCGGAGGCUGAGCCAAGAAGAGGGAGUGCGUGCGGAGAGGAACCGGGCCCGGGACGAGGUGCGCCAGCUGAGGCAGCGGCUGGACGCCCUCACCAAGGAGCUGAGCGGCGUGCGGCGGGAGCGGCAGGAACUGGCCUCUGAGAACGAGACACUACGGCAGGAAACGCUGCGUCUCCGUGGCGACCAAGCUCCUGGCGCUCCUCCUCCGUCUGCCACUUCUCCAUCUUCCUCCCCUGCACACCCCCCUGGUGCUUCCUCCUCCUCCUCCCCGUCCAUACCUGCUUCCUCCCCUGCCUCCUCCUCCUCCUCCUCUCAGGUCCACACUGACGGCCAGCCGGACAGGGUGGGGGAGAGACCGCCGGGGUCUCCGGAGCCAGAACCAGUGAGGGACGUGGACCUGGACAGACAGAAGAUGGUUCGAGAGAAGCUGUGGUUGCCACAGUGCUGAAGGUGACCGCAGGGACUUACAGAAGUGCGUUGGUUUAGUCUCCUGGACCUCUA